AAAAAUAAUUAAAAUAUGUUUUAUACUCAAGAAUGAUGGAUGAUUUCAAACAUAAAGUAUUAGGUUUUAUUCAUAAACAGGGUGUAAAUGCCAAAAUUCCUUCAAUGGGAUUUUCUGAUUCAUAUGCUUUUGAAAACAAUACAGAAUCUCAGAUUGUUAGUGUUAAUAGUAAAUCUAUUGCUGCAGAAGAUCAACCUGAUGAUCAAGCUGUAUUGGAUAGUAUUAAGGAUGUUUAUUUCCAAAAUGAUGAAGAGUUUGAUGCCAGGAGAUAUGAAUUGGAUAAUUUACCUGAACACCUAGAAUGUGCCAGAAUAAUGCAAGAUUUCUCUAAACUCAAACUACAACAUCAAGUAGUGUCAAAUAAAGUAUUGCAAUUGAUAUUGCAAAAGCAAACUGAUUGCAAUACUGAAUUUGGUAAAGUACUUCAAAUUCAAAGGGAACUGGAAGAAACGAUAGAUAUUUGUCAGAAAGGUCGUAACAGCUUGUCUCUUGCUAAAGUCCAAUUCACAACUGCUAGUCUAGGAAUAUUAGCUAAUUAUAGGAAGAGACAACUAGUCCAAGAAUUACUGCUGUCUUUAAACACUAUUCGAAAUUUGCAAAGCACUGAGGCAAGGAUUCCUGAAAUGUUGGCCAAUGGGAAUUAUCCAGAGGCAAUUUCUCUUUUACUUGAAUGCCAGGAGGAAGCAUCACACUAUCAACAAUUUACUUCUGUUGCAGCUUUAGCCAGCAAGUUUCAAGAUUCAUUAGUUAUGGCUGAAGAACAGUUGGAUGUUGCUCUUGGGAAGAUUUGUUAUAUGUUCGAUUCUAAUGCUUAUACUAAAAUUCAGGCAGCUUAUUUAGUACUAGGUAAAACGCAAAUAGCAGUUGAUCAAUUGCAUAUGCAUUUUACAUCAGCUAUUCACAGUACAGCUUUCAGUGUUGUUUAUGGCUAUGCAGAAAGACCAGAAGUUUCAAAGCAGGACCAAAAAAGACAGUACAAACAACUUUGCCAGUGUGUUUCUUCUGAAGAUUUUAUACAGUGCCUUGUUGAUGUGUGUAGAUCACUUUGGACCAUUUUAGCUAGCUAUCAUAAAGUAAUGUCUUGGCAUCUAAAUAGUCAAAAUACUUCAAGUGACAUUAAUACAAACUAUAUCCACACAAAGCUAAAUAGUGGUCAGUCAAAAAUAUGGCAUGAUGUACAAAACAAAAUUGCAAUAUUUCUCAGUAGUGCGGAUCUGGUUUCCUACAAAAUUGAGCAGUUUCUGCAGGUUUUGAAUAUUGUACAUCGUUUAAUAGAAAUAGGCGAAGAAUUUUGUGGAAGCAAAUCUGAAGAACUAUAUGAUUUGAUCAGAAGACAUAGCAUAAGUUAUUUUAAAACUUAUCAUGCAAAUCGGUUGGAAGAACUUCGAAUAUUUCUGGAGAAUGAGAGUUGGGAAUUAUGUCCUGUGAAACAAAGUUUUAAUAUAUUGCAAUUACAGGAAUUCAAAUCCAUGCCGCAUAUAAUGAAGCAUUUCAGACAUCAAGAAAAUGGUAGUAAUAGAAAUGAAAUAGAAAUAACACAAUUGGGAGAUGUUUCAUCAGUGAGUGACAGUUGUUCUUCAAAUCACUCUCAAGAUGGAAGCUUUGCAAGUGGUCACUUUUUUAUGAGAUUUAGCAUGAGAGGAACACCAUUUGAUUACAAGUUAGAUGAUACAAUUAGUGAAGAGGAUUUUUAUGCCAUACCUGAUGAAGCUUCAGCUUACCUAUCUGAAGACAGUGAGGAACAAGAAACUGCAUUUAGUGAUGAGGAAAAGUCUAAUGAUAAUAUGGAUUUGCAUAAUUCAUCAGCAUUACUAACUAAUACAACUCUUAUAGUAUUACGCCAUUGUAGCCGUUAUUUGCAAAUGUCUCGUCUUUUAAGAUCAAUUGCUUUUGAUAUAAUAAUUUCCAUGUGUCGACUGUAUGAUUACUAUUUAUUUGCAGUUCAUACAUUUUUUGCUACUGAUUCAAGUGUUUCAAAUACUUCUUCGUACACCACUGUUCUAAACAACACUUUGAAACGAAUACAAAGUAGCCUCAUCAAUGAAACUUCAAACAAUUCCCAAGAAAAUUCUAAUUUUCAAGAAGUACCUCGUGAUAAAGUGAAUAAACCUGAAAUUUUAUCACAUGUAGAUUUGAGUGAACCUGAAAAUUUAUAUGGACUUGCAAAAAGAGUUAUUGCAGUAGAAAGCUUGGUUUUUCUUGGAAAGCAAUUCAAAAUGUUACAGCCAUAUUUAGAAUCCUUGGUUCCUAAGGAAAAUCAUUAUCUCCUCAAUCAAUUUUAUGCGGAGAGUAUAAAUGUAGCAGUAGAUCUGAGAAAACCUGUUUAUAUGUGUGUUGUUGCACAAAUUUUUGACUUACCGCAAGCUUUAAUAUCUAUAUCUAAAGUUAAUUGGGAAGUUACUGAUGUUAUGAUACAGCAUAGCAGUUAUGUAGAUUCUUUACUAAGGGACAUCCAAAUUUUUCUUAUGAGAUUAGAAAAUCUUCCAAUCAAUUUUGUUAUACCAGUCGAAGUUAUAAAAACCUUGUGGGAAAAUAUUGCACAUGUAAUUACACACACACUUGUUGAAGGGUAUUCCAAUGUUAAAAGGUGCUCCACUGGAGGGAGGGCUCUAAUGCAAUUAGAUUUUACUCAGUUCUGGUCAAAAUUAGUAAAGUUAUCAGGUAUUAAAUCACUUCCUCAUAAAGAUUAUGUCGAGACAUAUGUCAAAGCGUACUAUUUAUCAGAAACAAGCCUGGAAGAAUUUAUUACUGAACAUAAGGAAUAUUCUGCAAAACAUCUUCUAGGUCUGGUCACUUGUAUACAUUCCAAUAAUAAAAAAGCUAAAUUGAAACUAUUAAGUAUUAUAGAAGAUCUGGAAAGAAGAAAACAAAAGGUUUGAAAUAGUAUCAUUUAGUUAGUGAUAUUCAUUGUUGAAUCAAUACGUAUAAUAUUAGAAUCUCAGUUGCAAUCGAAUAUAUUUCAUAAAUAAUGUAGUAUGUACAUAAAAUGUUGUAUUGACCAAGUAUUAAUGUGAUGCUAUAAAUUUUAGCAUUAUGC